CUAAUUUCAACUCUGAGAGCUUGGUGCAUAAAUGAAAAACUGCCACACAUCAACAGAGAACGAGGGAGGCGAAAGGAAUGGCACGAUGUCGGAGGUUAUCGGAAUUGAUAUGGGUUCCUUUAAAAGGAGGCACCGAACAAAGAAUCAACCAAAUUCAGAAUCACUCUUUACUAAGGGAAAGCAAUUGUCUGCGGGUCUGGCUGCCGAAUUCUAUUUCAAAUCCCUAAUACUAUUAACCUUCGUUUGAUUUUGGGGUAGUUUGAAUUGGCACGGUGGAGCAACUGUGGAGGUUUCUGAUCACUCCUUAGUUUGUAAAAUUGUAUGGUUCAAUUUUAAAGUAAAAUCUUUAGUAGUUUGUAUUAUGUAAUCUUGAAGAUCACAGGGAAUGUGUAGGGAGGCCUUUGCCAUAGCAGGUCAUCAAGCCUUAAUAAAUUUACUUCUAAAGAAAAAACAACUCUGUUUUUGGCUUCUCUCAAAUCCUUUGGUAUCUUUCUUGAUGAAUGAGAUGCUUAUGUUGUAACUUUUGGCAUUUUUAGGCUUCUAUAGCAUAGUUUAAUGUGAGAUUUGAUCUUUAUUGUAAUUUGAGUAGACAUGAUUAUUGAUCUUCAACUGUUUCUAGGUACAUGUCUAGCACUAAUUAUUUUUCAGUUCUUAGCAAAUUGAUAAAGAUAAGCUCUAUGUUUGCUGCACGUAUUUGGGAUGCUGGGAUUGGAUAUGAAGAUUGAAUUUCCAUUUAUGCUACAUAACAUCACUCUCUUAGAUUGAUUUUGUUACACAGUUAUCUAUGCAAUAUUCAAUCAAAUGAAAAUUCAUUACAGGUGGCUCGGUUCAAUUCAAUCUAUCCAGGUGGUUUGGCAUCAUACAUCAAAAUUGCUAGAGAACUAUUAGCAGAUUCAAAAGGAAUCCAUGAAUUCAUUUGAUGGCUUUACACCUUCAUUUUUGUUUUUACAAGCAAUGAAAAAUGAUAUGUAAUCCACUCAACUAAUGAUGGCAUACUUACAACGAAGACAAAUUUUGGCAAGAAGAUAUGCACAUUAUCAAGCACAGAGGAAAGAGAGCACAAAAAGACACAUAAACAAAAAUGUUUCGUUGUAUUCAAUCGGGUGGCGCAGGACAAUAUAUGAAAAACAGAAAUCUAUCUCAAUUCGUGCACCUGCUUGGCCAAUGGGAAUAUCAAUAAAGAUGAACAGUCAUGAUCUUAGGAAAGUGAUUUUGAAAGAAUGGAACAAGAAGAAAGAAGAGCAUUAUCAGUAUGAAAAUGCACAUCAAGAGUUGAUGUCUCAUUCGAUUUCUUACAUUAGACGAACAAAGAGAAAAGUACAACGAAUUAGGAGAAAAAUGCAGUGUAUGAAUACAUCUUUCCUCGAUAAGUUCUACAUGCAACGGACUGUUCAGAAUUUAAGCAACAAUUGGAGCAAGGCUGUUGCAAUAAAAAAAAAGUCAAAUGUGCUGAUUGAAGAUCGAGUGCAAGAAAACGGAUGGCUAAAGUGGACUUAA